AUGACCACUUUACUCUUGGUUUUUGUGACUCUGAGGGUCAUCACUGCAACCAUCUCAGUAGAAGUUUCAGACCAUGAGAACUCGCUGAGUGUGAGCAUCCCCCAGCCGUCCCCACUGAGGGUCCUCCUGGGGACCUCCCUUACCAUCCCCUGCUACUUCAUCGACCCCAUGCACCCUGUGACCACCGCCCCCUCCACCGCUCCCCUCACCCCGAGAAUCAAGUGGAGCCGCAUCUCCAAGGAGAAGGAGGUGGUACUGCUGGUGGCCACUGAAGGACGGGUGCGGGUCAACAGUGCCUACCAAGACAGGGUCUCGCUGCCCAACUACCCGGCCAUCCCCAGCGACGCUACCUUGGAAGUCCAGAGCCUGCGCUCCAAUGACUCUGGGAUCUAUCGCUGUGAGGUGAUGCACGGCAUUGAGGACAGCGAGGCCACCCUGGAGGUCGUGGUCAAAGGUAUCGUGUUCCAUUACAGAGCCAUCUCCACGCGCUACACCCUCGACUUUGACAGGGCGCAGCGGGCCUGCCUGCAGAACAGUGCCAUCAUUGCCACACCUGAGCAGCUGCAGGCUGCCUAUGAGGACGGCUUCCACCAGUGCGAUGCUGGCUGGCUGGCUGACCAGACUGUCAGGUACCCCAUCCACACUCCCCGGGAAGGCUGCUAUGGAGACAAGGACGAGUUUCCUGGUGUGAGAACCUAUGGCAUCCGAGACACCAAUGAGACCUACGACGUGUACUGCUUCGCCGAGGAGAUGGAGGGUGAGGUCUUUUACGCGACGUCUCCAGAGAAGUUCACUUUCCAGGAAGCAUCCAAUGAAUGCCGGCGGCUGGGUGCCCGGCUGGCCACCACCGGCCAGCUCUACCUGGCCUGGCAGGGCGGCAUGGACAUGUGCAGCGCGGGCUGGCUGGCCGACCGCAGCGUGCGCUAUCCCAUCUCCAAGGCCCGGCCCAACUGCGGGGGCAACAUGCUGGGCGUGAGGACCGUCUACCUGCACGCCAACCAGACGGGCUACCCCGACCCCUCAUCCCACUAUGAUGCCAUCUGCUACACAGGUGAAGACUUUGUGGACAUCCCAGAAAACUUCUUCGGGGUGGGUGGUGAGGAGGACAUCACUGUGCAGACGGUGACCUGGCCUGACAUGGAGCUGCCGCUGCCCCGCAACAUCACUGAAGGUGAAGCCCGCGGCAGUGCGAUCCUCACCGUGAAGCCCAUCUUCAGCAUCCCCGUCACUGUGCCUGAGCUCGAGGCGCCCUUCACAUCAGCCCCUGACAUAGGGGCCCCCGCCUCCCCUGAGGCUGAGAACAGGACUGGAGAGACCACCAGGCCCUGGAGCUUUCCCGAGGAAUCCACACCUGGGCUGAGCUCUGCCACGGCCUUCACCAGCGAGGACCUGGUCGUGCAGGUGACCGCUGCCCCAGGUGCAGCCGAGGUCCCUGGGCAGCCACGCUUGCCAGGGGGGGUCGUGUUCCACUAUCGCCCAGGAUCCACCCGCUACUCGCUGACCUUUGAGGAGGCGCAGCAGGCCUGCCUGAACACUGGGGCAGUCAUGGCCUCGCCCGAGCAGCUCCAGGCCGCCUACGAAGCAGGCUACGAGCAGUGUGACGCCGGCUGGCUGCAAGACCAGACUGUCAGAUACCCCAUUGUGAGCCCACGGACCCCGUGUGUGGGUGACAAGGACAGCAGCCCGGGGGUCAGGACCUAUGGCGUGCGCCCGUCAUCAGAAACUUAUGAUGUCUACUGCUAUGUGGAUAAGCUGGAGGGGGAGGUGUUCUUUGCCACACGCCUCGAGCAGUUCACCUUCCAGGAAGCAGUGGAGUUCUGUGAGUCCCACAACGCCACACUGGCCACCACUGGCCAGUUGUACGCCGCCUGGAGCCGUGGCCUGGACAAGUGCUAUGCCGGCUGGCUGGCUGAUGGCAGCCUCCGCUACCCCAUCGUCACUCCACGGCCCGCCUGUGGUGGGGACAAGCCAGGAGUGAGAACCGUCUACCUCUAUCCCAACCAGACAGGCCUCCCAGAUCCACAGUCCCGGCACCACGCCUUCUGCUUCCGAGGUGUUUCAGCGGUGACCUCUCCAGGAGAAGAGGAGGGUGGCACACCCACAGCACCAUCUGCUGUAGAGGACUGGAUUACUACCCAAGUAGUGCCUGGUGUGGCUGCUGUCCCCUUGGGAGAGGAGACGACUGCAGUCCCAGACUUCACCAUUGAACCAGAAAACCAGACAGAAUGGGAGCAAGUCUACACCCCAGUGGGCACAUCCCCACUGCCAGAGAUCCCUCCUACCUGGCCUCCCACUGGCGCAGCAACAGAGGAAAGCACAGAAGGCCCUUCUACAGCUGAAGUUCCCUCUGCCUCGGAGGAGCCAUUCCCCUCGGAGGGGCCGUACACACUUUCACCCCCAGUGCCCAGUGGGACUCAGCUACCAGGCUCUUGGGAGGCAUCCGGGACCCCUGACAUCAGUGGUGACUUCACAGGCAGUGGAGAAGCUUCAGGACACCCUGACUCCAGUUGGCAGCCCUCAGGGAGCAGUGCAAGUGGACUGCCAUCUGAAGACCUGGAAUCCAGUGGUCUCACCUCCACAGUGGGCUCAGGCCUGCCCAUGGAAAGUGGAUUGGCCUCUGGAGAUGGAGAUAGAAUUGAGUGGUCCAGCACUCCUAAGGUUAGUGGGCUGCCUUCUGGAAGUGAGGGCCUGGAGGUCUCUGCUUCUGGAGUAGGGGAUCUCAGUGGACUUCCUUCUGGAGAAGAAGUUCUAGAGACUUCUGCCUCUGGAGUAGGGGACCUCAGCAGGCUUCCUUCUGGAGAGGGUCUAGAGACCUCUGCCUCUGGAGUAGGAGAGCUCAGUGGAGUUCCUUCUGGAGAAGAAGUUCUAGAGACCUCUGCCUCUGGUGUAGGAGACCUCAGUGGACUUCUUUCUGGAGGGGAAGGUCUAGAGACCUCUGCCUCUGGAGUAGGCGACCUCAGUGGACUUCCUUCUGGAGGGGAAGUUCUAGAGACCUCUGCCUCUGGAGUAGGGGACCUCAGUGGAGUUCCUUCUGGAGAAGAAGUUCUAGAGACCUCUGCCUCUGGUGUAGGAGACCUCAGUGGAGUUCUUUCUGGAGGGGAAGGUCUAGAGACCUCUGCCUCUGGAGUAGGAGACCUCAGUGGACUUCCUUCUGGAGGGGAAGUUCUAGAGACCUCUGCCUCUGGUGUAGGGGACCUCAGUGGACUUCCUUCUGGAGGAGAAGUUCUAGAGACCUCUGCCUCUGGAGUAGGGGACCUCAGUGGACUUCCUUCUGGAGGGGAAGUUCUAGAGACCUCUGCCUCUGGAGUAGGAGACCUCAGUGGACUUCCUUCUGGAGGGGAAGUUCUAGAGACCUCUGCCUCUGGUGUAGGGGACCUCAGUGGACUUCCUUCUGGAGGAGAAGUUCUAGAGACCUCUGCCUCUGGAGUAGGGGACCUCAGUGGACUUCCUUCUGGAGGGGAAGUUCUAGAGACCUCUGCCUCUGGAGUAGGAGACCUCAGUGGACUUCCUUCUGGAGGGGAAGUUCUAGAGACCUCUGCCUCUGGAGUAGGAGACCUCAGUGGACUUCCUUCUGGAGAGGAAGUUCUAGAGACCUCUGCCUCUGGAGUAGGAGACCUCAGUGGACUUCCUUCUGGAGGGGAAGUUCUAGAGACCUCUGCCUCUGGAGUAGGAGACCUCAGUGGACUUCCUUCUGGAGGGGAAGUUCUAGAGACCUCUGCCUCUGGAGUAGGAGACCUCAGUGGACUUCCUUCUGGAGGAGAAGUUCUAGAGACCUCUGCCUCUGGAGUAGGAGACCUCAGUGGACUUCCUUCUGGAGGAGAAGUUCUAGAGACCUCUGCCUCUGGAGUAGGAGACCUCAGUGGACUUCCUUCUGGAGGAGAAGUUCUAGAGACCUCUGCCUCUGGUGUAGACCUCAGUGGACUUCCUUCUGGAGGAGUUCUAGAGACCUCUGCUUCUGGAGUACAGGACCUCAGUGGUCUUCCUUCUGGAAAGGAAGGUCUAGAGACCUCAGCUUCUGGAGUUGAGGAUCUCAGUGGAUUGCCUUCUGGAAAAGAAGACCUGGCGGGGUCUGCUUCUGGAACCUUGGAUUUUGGCAGACUGCCUUCUGGAACUGUAGGAAGUGGGAAAGCUCCUGAAGCAAGUGGCCUUCCCUCUGGAUUUAGUGGUGAGUAUUCUGGGGUGGACCUUGGAAGCGGCCUGUUCUCUGGCCUGCCUGACUUUAGUGGACUUCCAUCUGGUUUCCCGACUGUCUCUCUAGUGGAUACCACAUUGGUGGAAGUGGUCACAACUACCACUGCAAGUGAACUGGAAGGGAGGGGAACCAUUGACAUCAGUGGUGCAGGAGAAAUAUCUGGGCGGCCCUUCAGUGAGUUGGACAUUAGUGGGGGAGCCAGUGGACUCCCUUCAGGAGCUGAACUCAGUGGGGAAACAUCUGGACUCUUUGGGUUUCCUGACAUCAGUGGGGGAACAUCUGGAAUUUUUGAGGUUGGUGGGCAGCCAUCAGGGUUUCCUGACACCAGUGGAGAAAUAUCUGGAGUGACUGAGCUUAGUGGACUGUCCUCUGGGCAACCAGAUGUCAGUGGAGAAGCAUCUGGAGUUCUUUAUGGUGGUGGCCAACCAUUUGGCAUAACUGACCUGAGUGGAGAAACAUCUGGGGUCCCUGAUCUCAGUGGACAGCCAUCAGGGUUGCCAGGGUUCAGUGGAACAACACCUGGAAUCCCUGACCUGGUUUCUAGUGUUGUGAGUAGUGGUGAAUCUUCUGGUAUUACAUUUGUGGACACCAGUUUGGUUGAAGUAACCCCUACUACAUUUAAAGAAGAAGAAGGCUUAGGAUCUGUGGAACUCAGUGGCUUCCCUUCCAGGGAAGCAGAUCUGUCAGGCACAUCUGGGAUAGUGGAUGUCAGUGGACAAUCUUCUGGAACAAUCGAUUUCAGUGGGUUUACCUCCCAGGCUCCAGAAUUCAGUGGCCUACCACAUGAAGUAGCUGAGGUCAGUGGAGAAGCCUCUGGAGCUGAGACUGGGAGCAGCCUGCCCUCAGGAGCAUAUGAUGGCAGUGGACUUCCAUCUGGUUCCCCCACUGUCUCUCUUGUAGACAGAACUUUGGUGGAAUCUGUAACCCAGGCUCCAACAGCUCAAGAAGCAGGAGAAGGACCUUCAGGCAUUUUGGAACUCAGUGGUGCCCACUCUGGAGCACCAGACAUGUCUGGAGACCAUUCUGGAUUUUUGGACCUAAGUGGGCUGCAGUCCGGGCUGUUAGAACCAAGUGGAGAGCCACCAAGUAUUCCAUAUUUUAGUGGGGACUUUUCCAGCACCACCGAUGAAAGCGGAGACUCCUCUGCAGCCACUGGCACCAGUGGGGAGGCCUCAGGGCUUCCAGAAGUUACUUUAAUCACUUCUGAGUUCAUAGAGGGUGUUACUGAACCUACUGUUUCCCAAGAACUUGGCCAAAGACCCCCUGUGACACACAAACCCCAGCUUUUUGAGUUCAGUGGAGAAGCCUCUGUGUCUGGGGACAUUAGUGGAGCUACACCAACGAUCUCCAGUUCUAGGAUAGAAGAGUCAUCAGUCCCAGAAUCCAGCAGUGAGAUACCUGCCUAUCCUGAGGCUGAGGUGGGGGCAUCUGCUACCCCCGAGGCUAGUGGAGAAGCUUCUGGCUCCCCCAAUCUGAGUAAAACCACGUCUGCCUUCCAUGAAGCUGAUCUGGAGAGAGCCUCGGGCCUGGGGGUGAGUGGCAGCACUUCGACCUUUCAGGAAGGCCCCACGGAGGGGUCGGCUGCCCCGGAAGUGAGUGGAAAAUCAACCACCACCUACAAUGCAGGCACAGAGGCAUCGGGCUUGCCUUUAGCCACUCCCAUGGCUUCUGGGGACAGGACUGAAAUCAGUGGAGACCUGUCUGGUCACACCUCAGGCCCGGAUGUUGUCAUCAGCACCAGUGUCCCAGAGUUCGAGUGGACCCAGCAGACCCAGCGCCCUGCAGAGGCGCAGCUAGAAAUUGAGUCCUCAAGCCCUUUGUACUCAGGAGAAGAGACCCAAACAGCCAAAACAGCCACCUCCCCAACAGACACGUCCAUCCCAACCUCUCCAGAAGGGACAGGUGAAUCAGUGUCAACCAUUGCAGCCCCCGCCAGGUCCUGUGCUGAGGAGCCCUGUGGCGCUGGGACCUGCCAGGAGACGGAGGGACAUGUCAUAUGCCUGUGCCCCCCUGGUCACACUGGCGAGCACUGCAACAUAGACAUUGAUGAGUGCCUCUCAAGCCCUUGUCUGAAUGGAGCCACCUGCGUGGAUGCCAUCGACUCUUUCACAUGCUUAUGCCUUCCCAGCUACGGAGGGGACCUGUGUGAGAUUGACCAGGAGGUAUGUGAAGAAGGCUGGACCAAGUUCCAGGGCCACUGCUACCGCCACUUCCCUGACCGAGAGACCUGGGUGGAUGCUGAGGGCCGGUGUCGGGAGCAGCAGUCACACCUGAGCAGCAUCGUCACCCCUGAGGAGCAAGAGUUUGUCAACAACAAUGCUCAGGACUACCAGUGGAUCGGUCUGAAUGACAGAACCAUCGAAGGGGACUUCCGCUGGUCAGAUGGACACUCCUUGCAAUUUGAGAACUGGCGCCCCAACCAGCCUGACAACUUCUUUGCCACCGGAGAGGACUGUGUGGUGAUGAUCUGGCAUGAGAAGGGCGAGUGGAAUGAUGUCCCCUGCAAUUACCACCUGCCCUUCACGUGUAAAAAGGGCACAGUGGCCUGCGGAAACCCCCCCAUAGUGGAGCAUGCCAGGACCUUCGGGCAGAAGAAAGACCGAUAUGAGAUCAAUUCUCUGGUGCGGUAUCAGUGCACCGAGGGCUUUGUCCAGCGCCACGUGCCCACCAUCCGGUGCCAGCCCAGCGGGCACUGGGAGGAGCCUCGGAUCACCUGCACAGACCCCACCACCUACAAGCGCAGACUACAGAAGCGGAGCUCACGGCCCCCAAGGAGGAACCGCCCCAGCACGACCCACUGA